CUCCUUGCCACAAAAUCGGAAAAGACAGAAAAGAACAAGCGGCACCGCUUUCCUUCCCAGGGCCACUGGCCGGCAGGGCGCGGGAAGGAGGGACAUCUGGAGAAAGCUGCUGCGUCAGGCACUGUACCUAAGUGACGUCAGGGAGCGGGUGACCUCCAGGAAAGACUGCAUCGAAAAUCUAAUGGAUGAAGAUGAGAAAGACAGAGCAAAGAGAGCCUCUCGAAACAAGUCUGAGAAGAAGCGUCGGGACCAGUUCAAUGUUCUCAUCAAAGAGCUCAGUUCCAUGCUCCCUGGCAACGCGCGGAAGAUGGACAAAACCACUGUGCUGGAAAAGGUCAUUGGAUUUUUGCAGAAACACAAUGAGGUCUCAGCACAAACGGAAAUCUGUGACAUCCAACAAGACUGGAAGCCUUCGUUCCUCAGUAACGAAGAAUUCACCCAGCUGAUGUUGGAGGCGCUGGAUGGCUUCCUCAUCGCCGUGACGACGGACGGCAGCAUCGUCUACGUCUCGGACAGCAUCACGCCGCUCCUUGGGCACUUGCCGUCAGAUGUCAUGGAUCAGAAUUUGUUAAAUUUCCUUCCAGAGCAAGAACAUUCAGACGUUUAUAAAAUGCUUUCUUCCCAUAUGCUGGUGACAGAUUCUUCCUCCCCAGAAUACUUAAAAUCUGACAACGAUCUAGAAUUUUAUUGCCAUCUUCUGAGAGGCAGUUUGAACCCAAAGGAGUUCCCAACUUAUGAAUACAUAAAAUUCGUAGGAAAUUUUCGCUCUUACAACAAUGGGCCUAGCCCCUCCUGUAAUGGUUUCGACAGCAUCCUUUCACGGCCCUGCCGGAUGCCACUGGGAAAGGAGGUCUGCUUCAUCGCCACUGUCCGUCUGGCAACACCACAGUUUUUAAAGGAAAUGUGCAUAGUUGAAGAACCUUUAGAGGAAUUCACUUCAAGGCAUAGCUUGGAAUGGAAAUUUUUAUUUCUGGAUCACAGAGCCCCUCCCAUCAUAGGAUACCUGCCUUUUGAAGUCCUGGGAACCUCGGGCUACGACUACUACCACAUAGAUGACCUGGAGCUCCUGGCCAGAUGUCACCAGCACCUGAUGCAGUUCGGCAAGGGGAAGUCGUGCUGCUACCGGUUUCUGACCAAAGGCCAGCAGUGGAUAUGGCUGCAGACCCAUUACUACAUCACCUACCACCAGUGGAACUCCAAGCCCGAGUUCAUUGUGUGCACACACUCGGUCGUCAGUUACGCGGACGUCCGGGUGGAAAGGCGGCAGGAGCUGGCCUUGGAAGACCCUCCUGAGGCCACCCAGCCCUCGGCACUGAAGGACAAGGGCCCGACCUUGGACCCUCGGCCGCACUUUAAUGCCCUCGACAUGGGUGCCUCGGGCCUGAGCACCAGCCACUCACCGUCAGCGUCCUCAAGAAGUUCCCAUAAAUCCUCGCACACCGCCAUGUCGGAGCCCACCUCCACUCCAAGCAAGCUGAUGGCCGAGGCCAGCACCGCACCUCUGCCGAGGUCGAGCGUCCUGCCCCAGGAGCUGCCCGUGCCCGGGCUCAGCCAGGCCACCACGAUGCCGGCUCCGCUGCCCUCCCAGUCGUCCCGCGACCUUGCACAGCAGCUACUCCCUCAGACCAUUUUGCAGAGCCCACCUGUCCCCAUGACACAGUUUUCUGCGCAGUUCAGCAUGUUCCAGACCAUCAAAGACCAGCUGGAGCGGCGGACGCGGGUCCUGCAGGCCAACAUCCGGUGGCAGCAGGAGGAGCUCCACAAGAUCCAGGAGCAACUCUGCGUGGUCCAGGAUUCCCACCUCCAGAUGUUUCUGCAGCAGCCGGCUGUAUCCCUGAGCUUCAGCAGCGCCCCGCGGCCCGAGGCCCAGCAGCAGUUGCAGCAGAGGCCAGCGGCAGGGUCCCAGCCCCAGCUGGUGGGCAGCCCCCAGCUCCCGGGGCAGGUGGCCUCUGCCCAGCUUGCAAACCAGCACCUGCUCAGAGAGUCGAGCGCGAUCUCCAGCCAGGGUCCCAAGCCGAUGAGAAGCCCGCAGAUCAUGCCGGGAAGCGGCCACUCGGCCAGCGGCUUGACCCCCCAGUUCAGCAACACCGCAGCCGUGCUCCCGCUGUCUUUGAACCUGACCACGCCUGCUUCUGCCACCCAGGAUGCCAGUCCUUGCCAGCCCAGCCCGGACUUCAGCCAUGAUCGGCAGCUCAGGCUGUUGCUGAGCCAGCCCAUCCAGCCCAUGAUGCCUGGGUCCUGUGACGCGAGGCCACCCGCGGAGGUCGCCAGGACCGGACGGCAAGUCAAGUACCCACAGAGCCAGGCCGUGUUCCCAGCUCCGGACGUGCCCACCUCCAGCAGCAGCGUCCCCACGCCUGUCCUGCUGAUGGGACAAGCCGUGCUUCCGCCCAGCUUCUCCGCCUCCCAGCCGGCCUCCCUGCCGCCCGCGCAGGCCCAGCCGCCGCCGCCGCCGCACUACCUGCAGGUACAGACGCCCACGUCUCUGCACAGCGAGCAGCAGGACUCACUACUCCUGCCCACCUACUCGCAGCAGCAAGGGACCCUGGGCUACCCCCCUCCGCCCCCGGCGCAGCCCCAGCCCCGGCCCCCAUCACGAAGGGUCAGCAGCCGGUCUGAGGCAGCCAGCCUCCAGCAGCCGCCCCGGUAGUGCCGUGCCAGGGUCAGGGCGCAGUCAGCUUUAACCGUCGGACCAGGCCGGUGGCCCCAGGAGCUGGGGACAGGAGUUGAAACUACCCCCUUGACUUUUGUGCGCACAGCAUACAUUUCAGAACUCCCCAACAGGUACCGAGUCCAGUGGCGGCGGCUGGCACAGUGGGAAAUGGUCGGGAAUGCCCACCUCCCUGGCCACCCCAGGGCUGGGCACACUCUACAGCCAUACUUGGACCUGAGCCCAGUUCCCCACGCAGUGUCGUUACUCAGUUUACCUUUGGAGACAGCACUUCUUGCUGCAUCCUCCCCAGAGUGCCCUGGUGAUUCGGGCAGACAGUGGCCCGUCCCCAGGAGCCCCCCCUCUCCUGACCAUCUUUAGCCUCUGCGUUUGAGAAGCGCUGGGUCAGAGAUCUUUUGGAGAGAGAGAAUAGAUUAUUUUUCAUUAUUUUUAAAUGGUGGUUUUUGUUUUAAUUUGCACAGCUGCACAGAGGAAAUAACUUAGGCACUUUUCUGUUUUAAAAAAAUAAUAAUGUGUCCUGGCUUCCUUUGGAGACCAUGGUGACAGCGGCCCCCAGCCCCAAUCACAUGUCAUUGCUAAUCCGAGCUGCAGGACCACACCCUUUGCCUAAACCGUCUGGAACUAGGCUUUCCCCCACGCUGUUCUUUUUUUUUUUUUCUCUCUCCCUAAAUGUAACACUGGACUAUUUCCUGUUUACUUCAUUAAUUGCAACUUCAAAGGCCGAUUCAAAGCAAAGCACAAUCAUGCAGCCACUAUUCCGGAAUUCUGCUGGGGACUCUUGUAAUAUGAAGGGAGAGGUUUCACAAGCCAAAGCAGGCCUGGGGGGACGCCAGGUCCCCAAGGAAGUCCCACCGCGUGUUGGCCCUCCGAAUGAGAAUGCUGCAUCUUUUUACAUAUCUUUCAUGAGGAUACCGAGGAUUGGAUUUUCCUUUUAAAAAUGCACUUUGCUUUUUUUGUAUGUUUUGUUAUGUUGAGAUGUUUCUAAAGAAAAGAUUUUAUGUAAUUAUAAGACGAAGUGUAGUGAAUUGUACAGCUGUUGUAAUAAUGACCUAUUUCUAUAUAAAAUAAAAUUGUAUGGAUUAUGUGUAAAUUAUUUUGUAUCUGAGACACCAGUUCCUUUCCCAAAUAUAAAAGUAUAAGUUUUCUUGUGUUUUUCUGUGAGUGGACAUUUUGUAAUAAAUUAACUG